AUGAUCAUUUUUGCUUUGUCCAGCAGGAAGGUCACUCAUCUGAAAUUCCUGCUACCCUCCAUGGCCUCAUCCAACUCCUCCCAGAACUUCUGCAAUGUGUCUUUUGAAGAGAGCAAGAUAUUCCUCACUGUAAUGUACAGUAGUGUCUGCGUGCUGGGCCUUCCCAUGAAUUGUCUCACUGCCUGGUUCUCCUUCCUGCAGGUGCUACAGGGGAAUGUGCUGGCCAUAUACCUCUUCUGCCUGGCCAUCUGUGAAUUGCUCUAUGUGGCAACUUUACCCUUCUGGAUUGUGUACGUGAGGCAUGAUCAUGAAUGGACAAUGGGUUUUCAGACCUGUAAGAUAAUUGCAUUUGUAUUUUUCUGUAACAUCUACGUCAGCAUUUUAUUUUUGUGUUGCAUUUCUUGUGAUCGUUUCAUUGCUGUGACAUACGCCUUGGAAUCCAGAGGGUACAGACAUCUAAAAAUAGCUGUGUUCGUUUCAAUAGCAAUCUUUUUUAUCGUGGGAUUAGUUCACUAUCCAGUUUUUGAAAUGAAAGAAAGUAAAACUUGUUUUGAGGCCUUUACAACAGAUAGGAAGAUAGCUAGCUAUUACUACUCUCGCUUUGUAGUAGGGUUUACCAUCCCUCUCUCCAUCAUUAUUUUCACAAACUAUAAGAUCUUCAGGAGCAUCAAAAACAGCACAGGUUUGAGCUCGCGCCAGAAGGCCAAGGCGAAGCGCUUGGCCAUUUCUAUAGUUAUCACUUUCCUGGUCUGUUUUGCUCCCUAUCAUUUUGUAAUUCUUGUUAAAGCUGCAGCCUUUUCUUAUUAUGAAGUGGAAAAGGAGAAAAUGUGUGCUUUGGAAGCCAAGAUGUAUACCUCUUCAGCAGUUUUCCUAUGCCUGUGCACUUUCCACAGCAUAGCAGACCCCAUCAUCUACAUGCUAGCCAGUGAGACCUGCAGGAAUGCAUUGUCUCAUUUUCACAAAGGAUGGAAACAGUGGUCCACAAAGACUGACAACAUCAACCUAAAGUAUUCAAAGGAUAUGGAGGCGUUAACACUAGAACCUGCAAACUUAUAA